AUGGCGGGAGGAUUGACGAGAGAGCAAGUCGCAUCCGCUCAGCUCACGGGCGACUAUGCAAUCAAGUCAGAGAGCUCAACUCCAAAACUAGAUACUUCUCAGUGGCCUUUGCUGCUCAAAAACUACGACAAACUCCUUGUUCGUUCUGCCCACUUCACCCCAAUCCCCUCGGGCUGCAGCCCUCUCAAGCGCGACAUUACCAGCUAUGUCAAGUCUGGUGUUAUCAAUCUAGACAAACCUUCCAACCCUUCUUCCCAUGAAGUCGUCGCUUGGCUUCGACGCAUAUUGCGAGUUGAAAAAACAGGCCACAGCGGUACACUCGAUCCCAAAGUCACUGGCUGCUUGAUCGUAUGUAUCGACCGUGCUACCCGUCUCGUUAAAUCCCAGCAAGGAGCCGGCAAAGAAUACGUUUGCGUCUUGCGUCUUCACGCUGGUCUUCCUAACCCCGCUGCACUCCCCCGUGCCCUCCAAACCCUUAGCGGAGCACUCUUCCAACGCCCUCCCCUCAUCUCGGCCGUAAAACGUCAACUCAGAAUACGAACUAUCUACGACUCCAAGCUCAUUGAAUUCGACGACAAGCGUAACCUCGCCGUUUUCUGGGUCUCUUGCGAAGCUGGAACAUACAUUCGGACACUAUGUGUUCACUUGGGUCUCAUUCUCGGUGUCGGUGGACACAUGCAAGAACUUCGUCGAGUGCGUAGCGGAGCCAUGUCCGAAAACGACGACAUGGUCACCAUGCACGACGUUUUGGACGCUCAGUGGAUGUACGACAACACUAGAGAUGAGUCCUACCUCCGCCGUGUGAUUCGUCCCCUCGAAUCUCUCCUCGUUGGCUACAAGCGAAUUGUAGUAAAAGACUCGGCAGUUAACGCCGUCUGCUAUGGUGCCAAACUCAUGAUUCCUGGUCUAUUGCGAUAUGAAGCAGACAUCGCUCUCAACGAAGAGGUCGUCUUGAUGACGACAAAAGGUGAAGCCAUUGCUCUCGCCAUUGCCCAGAUGUCCACUGUCGAACUUGCCACCUGCGACCAUGGCGUUGUCGCCAAGGUCAAGCGAUGUAUCAUGGAACGUGACACCUACCCUCGCCGCUGGGGUCUCGGUCCAGUGGCCUUGAAGAAAAAGAAGAUGAUCAAGGAUGGCCAACUCGGAAAGCACGGUGAAAAGAUUGAGGGUGUUACUCCUGCAGAAUGGAGUCGCGACUACAAGGACUACACUCGCGAGGCCGGACCUAGCACUGUUGCGGCUCCCGAACCUGCUGUUCCCGCCGCCCCUGCGAAGGAUGAGGAGAAGGAAGAGAAAGAGGAGAAAGUGGAGAAAGACAAGAAGAAGGAAGAGAAGGAGAAGAAGCGAAAGAGGAAGUCGGAGGAUGAUGCUAUGGACACUACGGAGGACGCUGAGAAGGCGGAAAAGAAGAAGAAAAAGAAGGAGAAGAAGGAAAAGGCCAAGAAGGAGGAGGAGGAGGAUGCACCCGCCGAUGCAGACAAGUCCAUUGACGAGGAGGAGGCCAAGAGGGAGAGAAAGCGCUUGAAGAAGGAAAAGAAGGCCAGACAGUCACUAGGCGGCGACUCAUGAUGCUCUUCCCUCAUUUCUUUUCUUCGCAUCCUUGUUCUUGCUCUCUUUGGUCUUGCCCUGUUGUAAUUUGUUCGAUCUCUGUACAUACUUAGCGCUUGUCCUGUGACAAACAUAAAAUAU